GAAAAGUAUUUGUGUCGCGCUUGUAUUGGAGUGACCAAGCGAGUUUGUUUAACUUCCUUGUUGUCUGUGGUUGAGCGUGUAGCUACUACGCUAACGUUAGCAUGACGGUAGUGCUAGUGUUAACGUUCCUGGUUUACUGAUAAUGAAUUAUGAUGAUUUGCCGGCACGCUUGGCUAAUGGAUGUAGAUUUGACACAUGGUGAAAUAAACGUUUUCUUUAACCUUAGAUGUUUAAACAGCAUUUGUGCAAUGGCUUGCAACCAUAACAACUUAACCAAGAUUGCAAACGUUAUGGAGGUUAGCUAACUGUUAGCAUAGCCUAGUUAGCUAGCCGAGUCAACACACUGUCUUAAGUUACUGUUUUGCUGGUUAGCCGAUAGCGUUGUGAUGAAUGUAUCAGAGCUAGUUUUUAGUGAAACGGGCAAACUUUAGAAAUGAGGUAGUGGAUUAUUUGUGGUAUUGACCUUGACUUAGGAUAGCUAGUCAGCGUCCGUAGGCUAACACGGCUGCUUUUUAACGUUCACGAUAGCUCUUGUUCGUGCUUGCUAUAACGUUAAUUAUUCAAUUAAUCGCUAGCCAGUUAACGAGCUUUGAAUGGUACACACUUCACAGAAUUGCACAAUAGCUUAUAUGGAUAUAUUUUGAUCUAUUUGAUUAAAACCAGUGUACGAGUCACGAUGGUGGACUUUUUGCAUAUCAUCAUGUGUGUUUGGUCUACACCGUAAAUGACUGAUGGCUGUAGCAUGGAAACGCAUGGUUGUUAGCCAACAAGCUAAGGCGCCCACAAAAUGGCCGAUAAUUGUGGCCUUUUCUCUGCUGGUUCUGUGUACAUUAUGAUGGCCCAAUGAGUGAAUGUUAUAGAUUGCACGGAUAGCAGUUGCAAAUUAGUGGGUCGUGUACUUGGCAAGUUUGGCAUUAGCUUGAUUGUGACUUAAUCUUCAGGAUUUAACUAAACCAUAGUAUUAUAUUGUACUGCUACUUCUGCAUGCCUUGAUAUGACUUAGGCUAAAAGAUGACCGGCUCCAGUGAUUUCAGGACCUGCGAGGAAAACGUAACCCACUAAACGCACAUUAGCACAUAGGGGAAGCCCAGUUAGAGUUCAUCAGAGAAAGCACAGGUUCUCAGCCCUGAGACCAAUAGCGAUGUCUCGCAGAAGAAGCCGUAGUGCUAGCCCAGUGCGGCACACGACCAACAGCAAUGACCCUCGUGACCUGGAGCGGAGGAUUUUUGUGGGAAAUUUGCCGACAACUCUGAUGGACACGAAGGAUUUGGAAGAAGUGUUCAGACCAUAUGGGAAGAUCAAUGCCUUGUCCAUGUUCCGUGGAUAUGGAUUUGUGCAGUUUGAACGAGUGGAAGAGGCGGAGGCAGCGAAGGCGGGACAAAAUGGUCGAUUUUAUAAGGGGUAUAAACUAGAUAUAAAUAUGGCAGCGGAGCGGCGACACAGUAAAGCUCAAACCCGGCCGAGCCCUCCUCGAAGGCACCCGUACAGUGGAUAUGGGGAUGGUAGAGAAGGCCGCCCUCGGUCACGCUCCCCAGUGCACGGCCGGGACUCACGGGAUCACCGUGACGGCCGUGACAUGAGGGAUCCUCCUCCUCGGGAGCCCGCUCGUGAGUCCUCUCGAGAGCCGCGCCCUGCACCCCCCCGAGACCAUGGACCCCCACGCGAUCACGACUCCCGAGAUCCUGCCUAUGAACGCUACCGCGGCUCUGAGGGGCGAGAAAAGGACCCUGCUUUUAGGGAGGAGGGUUAUGAUCGCUACUACCGCGUGGAUGAGUACUACCGCAAGAAGGAGCCGUUCGGCAGAGAGCCGUACAGAGCGGAGGCGUGGAACGGCGGCCGCAGAGAGCCGGAAGAGGAUCGCAUUCGAGAAGGUGAGCGCAGAAGGAACGAGCUCUACAGGCAGUACUACGAGGAGCUCCAGCGACGCUAUGACACUGAGCGGCCUGUCGACUGCUCGGUGAUCGUGGUUAACAAGCUGCAGAAGGAGUAUGCGGAGACGGUGGGCAGGAAGGUGCGAGACCUGGGAAUGGUGGUGGACCUGAUCUUCCUGAACACCGAGGUGUCGCUGUCGCAGGCGCUGGAGGACGUGGGCCGCGCACACACCCCCUUCGCCAUCAUAAUUACCCAGCAGCACCAGGUGCAUCGCUCGUGCACGGUCAACAUCCUGUUUGGCACGCCACAAGAGCACCGGAACAUGCCCAUGCAGGACGCCAUGGUGCUGGUGGAGCAGAACUACGUGGUGUACAAGGCGGAGCACCGCGACAAGGAGCGCGAGGAGAUCGCCCGCAAGGCCGCCAAGAUGGCCGACGACGUGCUGCUCAGGGAGCUCGACCAGGAGUCUCACCCAGUCUCUCUGCUCUCCACGGUCACGCUGCUCUCAGAGAAUAGGUUCCUGACCCCAGAGGAGCUGGAUCGCCUCAUCGAGUACCUUCGGGACAAGCGGGAGCGUCUGGUCAGGGGCAGCGCUGACCCCCACGCCGGUUCUCACGCGGUCCACCCCGCUCCUGCGAUGACCCACGAGGCCAUGCCCCCCGCCCAGCCCAUGCCAAUGCCUGCCGUCUCGCACCAGCCCCCUGCCCACCAGCCCUCGCCCGCACCCUCCGCCAACCACCAGCAGGAGCUGCAGGCCAAGAUCCUCAGCCUGUUCAACAGCGGCGCGGGCAGCUCUGCGGCGUCGCCCACCGUGGGCUCGGCGGUGCCCCCCCAGCCCCAGGGCUACGGCUCGCCCAUGGGCUCCCAGCAGGCCAGCCUGCCGCCCUCCCACACCAGCGCGGGCAUGGCCAAGAUGAGCCCCACGUCGUCGUCGGUCAUGGGCAUGCGUCCUCAGCCGCGCCCGCAGGGCAACCCGCCCCCUGCGGGCUACGGUCCCCCGACCGGCCGCAUGAUGCCACCGCAGGGCGCCCCGAGGCCCCCUGGCCUGUCCACGGGCGCGGGCAUCAACUUCGACAACCCCAGCGUGCAGAAGGCCCUGGACACCCUCAUCCAGAGCGGCCCGUCCAUCAACCACCUGGUGAACUCGGGCAGCGCCCCUCCGGCUGCCCCGCGGCCUGGCAUGGGGCAGGGCAUGAGCCCUGGCAUGGGGCAGGGGAUGCCGCAGGGCAUGCCCAUGUCCCACUACCCCCGCCAUUACUGAACGCCGCCCCAGCCUGGGGCAACAGAUAACGGACUGGACUGUAGCCAGUUGAAGGUGAUUUUUUUUGGUUUUUGUUUGUUGCUAUUUAUCCUGUCUGAAAUGGUUAGACGGCCUUGGCUUGCGGUCCACUCUGGUACUAGUCUGAGCCUGAUGUGGUUUGGAUCCGUUUCAGAGAGGACUCGGUGAUCUGUCUUUUUUUUCUUCCCCCCCCAAGCUGUUUGUAAAUGCAUUUUUUUUAAAAGAAAUAUUCCUUUUCCAAGCCUGCAUUGAUAUGUGGAUUUACUUUUUUUUUCUUUUUUUAAAUAAAUGAUAAAAUACAAAUAUGAAAAUUCAGUUUACUAGUGACUUCCCUGUUUUGUCAGCCAUUUUCAUAGGAUUUUGACUUUUGGCAACUAGACGAUCGCAUGUACAGAAUUAAUUUACUGUGAGCCCUGAAUAUAGGCCAUUCUGACAAGUAAUGUUUGCUUUUAUACAUUUUUGUGACUUUGUAAAUAUUUGAAGAUCUCCAGUGUCACUAAAAUAAAAAAAGAGUGAAGGAUA